AUGCAACAAUCUUCCGAAAUGGACCCGUCGACUUGGUCAGGUCAAGACUAUGCGCCUGGCACUUCCUACCAUUCAUGGGUGGUUGCGUAUCUCGGUGAGGUGGUCGACAAUGGUUUCCAUUCUCAAAUGGCAAAUAGUUCGACUAUCGUGUACAUUCAGGCGGUCGAUACCUAUCUUAUUGUGCUAAAACCCUCGGAUGAUCGGAGGCGGGGAUCGUCAAUCGAUGUUCGAAUCGACCAGAGGAGCUCAAUCUGUCUUCCUCGUGUCUUAUUGGUCUGGGGGCUAACUAGGGAUCAAUCACAGACAAUGGGGUUCCCUCCGAAGCAAAAACACCCACCAACACAGUGA